UGCACCCACCCAUUGGGAGUGGAGCUCAAGUUUCCCAUGCACCCCCCACCCCGCCAUUCAGGAAGCCCCCCUGGGGAGCACAGCAGAAAAUGUGGGGCCCCUCCCUCCAUCCCAGAGCCCAAACAGGUGGGAUUCACUCCCCACUCUCCCCAUAGUGCUGACCCCAUGCCCUGGUCUGAGAGUGGAUUUCUGGGACACAUGGCCCUGGUCUCAGGCUCUUGGGUGCCCGGCAGGGACACAUCGUGAGGUGGGAAGCCAGCCCCAGCAGCAGCUUGGCAAGCUCCAGGCCCUGCCUUCGUUUUUGCUUUUUGCUGAGCUUCAGAAAGCCUCUGACACUCACCCACCCCAGGUGAACACAGGGGGUGCCCUCAGUAGUCCCCAAGGCGAUGCUGAGCUAAGAUGCUUCGCAGGUCCCAGGCUCUGGAACCUGUCUGCUUGCUCCCUCCAGGUUCGUCCUCCAGCUCUGCUUCCAGCUGAAGCAUGAAUGGCCUCGAGGUGGCUUCCCCAGGUCUGACUGCCAACUCCUCCCUGGCCACUGCAGAGCAAUGUGGCCAGGAGACGCCGCUAGAGAACAUUCUCUUCGCCUCCUUCUACCUCCUGGAUUUCAUCCUGGCUUUUGUUGGCAAUGCCCUGGCCCUGUGGCUUUUCAUCCGGGACCACAAGUCGGGUACCCCCGCCAACGUAUUCUUGAUGCACCUGGCCGUGGCCGACUUGUCCUGUGUGCUGGUCCUGCCCACCCGCCUCGUCUACCACUUCUCUGGGAACCACUGGCCGUUUGGGGAAAUCCCGUGCCGCCUCACCGGCUUCCUCUUCUACCUCAACAUGUACGCCAGCAUCUACUUCCUCACUUGCAUCAGCGCUGACCGCUUCCUGGCCAUCGUGCACCCUGUCAAGUCCCUCAAGCUCCGCAGGCCCCUCUACGCGCACCUGGCCUGUGCCUUCCUCUGGGUGGUGGUGGCCGUGGCCAUGGCCCCACUGCUGGUGAGCCCACAGACCGUGCAAACCAACCACACGGUUGUGUGCCUGCAGCUGUACCGGGAGAAGGCCUCCCACCAUGCCCUCGUGUCCCUGGCCGUGGCCUUCACCUUCCCGUUUGUCACCACUGUCACCUGCUACCUGCUUAUCAUCCGCAGCCUGCGGCAGGGCCCCCGCGUGGAGAAGCGCCUCAAGAACAAGGCGGUCCGCAUGAUCGCCAUGGUGCUCACCAUCUUCCUGGUGUGCUUCGUGCCCUACCACGUGCACCGCUCUGUCUACGUGCUGCACUACCGCGGCCACGGCACCUCGUGCGCCGCCCAGCGCAUCCUGGCCCUCGGAAACCGCAUCACCUCCUGCCUCACCAGCCUCAACGGGGCGCUCGACCCAGUCAUGUACUUCUUUGUGGCCGAGAAGUUCCGUGACGCCUUGUGCAAUUUGGUCUGUGGCAAAAGGCUCUCGGGGCCACCCCCCAGCUUUGAAGGGAAAACCAAUGAGAGCUCGCUGAGUGCCAGGUCUGAGCUGUGA